GUUCUUAGUCGUCCGGUUUGAGGGGGAGGAAGAUGGCGGCGGUUGAUGGAAGGGGUCUCCUGUUGCCGUCUUAAAAAGGCAAAAAGCAGUCGGUAGUUUGUUUUAACGUCUUAUCUCAUGUCUUAAAAAGACGAACCAGUAAAUGAAAAACGGAGGCUUUAAUCUGAGACUGCAGACCACCGGAGAAAAGGUUUCCUGGUUUUCUACCAACCUCCAAGUCCCAGUGUCUGACUACCGCCUUACCAGUUUCCCUGGCCCAUGGACUUGACUCCAGCAUCAGGCUUCAAAAGGAGGCCUGCUGCCUCCUCUUCCCCAAGUGGAGUGAGAGAGAUUGCCAGGAGCACUCCUCCCUGCUCACCCUCUCUGUCUUUGUCGUCGCCUUCAUCUGAUCCAUCUUCACCCUUGUCUACAUCCUCUGUUAGUGCCAACUUGUCAAUUUAUCAGAACCAUGUAAAAGGUUAUACCCAGGGGACAGUGGUGGCCAGGGUGUCUUCCACUUCUCCCUCUCUUGCUACGCAGUCCCCCUCCACACCUAGACCUAACAACAACUCAUCAGAGUCCUUCUUUCUGGCUUCAGUGCAGCCAAGUGUUGAUUGUGAAGACAAGAGCAGGAAAAGGGAGAUGUAUGACCCUUUUCAUCCAACUGAGGGGGUGAGGGGGGAUGAGGGGGAGGCUGAGAAAUAUGACCCCUUUGACCCCACAGGGUCUCCAGCAUCAGAUGCUGAUGAGAGCAAUGUCAAAGUGAAGGGGGUGAAGAGAAACGCUGAGCAGGUAGAUGAGGAGGAGAAACAGGAAGAACCUCCAGAUUCUACUGACACCUUGACUGACCUGCCAAGCCCCUGUAUGGACAGCAAGCUCUGUCUUAGAAGGAGAGUGGACUGUAGCACCACCAAUGCUGGAGAGCGGAGGGAUAGUGGUGACUCUGAUCAUUCUGAGAUAGAGGAGGGUGAGAUAGUUGGGGCUGCUGACAGAGGUGGAAGCAAUAAGAGACCACCUGCAGAAAUCCUCUCCCUCAGUUCUCCUAGCGUUUCCUUCUUUGGUUCAAAGCCAGAGCGCAUCCUGCGGGUGCUGGAUGUGGAUGGCUUUGUGUCUGUGCGUACAGAGGGCACCUGGGAGGUGGACGGGGAGCCUGAGGAUGACCCUGUGGUAGGAGUGGAAGAUUUGAGAAGGAAGCUGGUCAGCAGGCGGAAGGAAAGAUAUCUCUCCUUUCCUGCUUCUUCCUCCCUCUCUCCUCAGCCACUGCCUCCUCCCUCCCAUCCUGUAGUUUCUACGCCCUCUCCCCCUCUCACACCUCCUGUAGAGCAAGGUGGUAAAAACCAAAAGUCCUCCAAGAGUUCCAAGGACCGAGACCGACAAAAAAGCAAGGAUAGAAAGGCCGGGGAGAAGGAGGAGAAAAGAAAAAAGAGAAGAAAGGACAAAGAGGGAGGUCGGGAAAGGAGCAAAGAAAAGGAGCGAGGGCGCAAGGAGGUUAAAGAAACAAGGAGCAGCAGGAGCAGCAGCCGGAAGAUGAAGAAAAGACGUCACAGCAGCCCAGAUGCCCCACAAUCAGGCAACUCUUCUGGAAGAGGGGGCCGCACUAGGCACUCCUUUUCCAGCCUAUCCGAAGAAGGAAACAGAGAGCGGGAAAGAGAUAAAGACAGAGACAGGGACAGAGUCAGAGAUAGAGACAGAGAGAGGGAAAAAGACAGAGGAAGAGAGAGAGACAGAGAUAAAGAGAGAGAGCAAGAUCGUACCAGUAGUCGUAGAAGAGAUGAAAGAGAUCAAGACUCUAGCUCUCGAAAGGAGAGGGAAAGAAAGAGAAGACAACAUUCAAGCAGCAGAGAAUGCAAUAUUUCAAAGAGGUCCAAAAGAAGCAGAGAAAAGAGGGAAGGCGAUAGAGACAGACAGCUUGAGAGGGAACGGCGACGGGAUGGUCGUCCUGUUGUCCCACCAUCUAUCCAAGAUCUCAAUGGGUCUGACCUCUUUGCCAUCAAGCGAACCAUUACAGUCACCACCACCACAACCACUACCACCGUACCUGGCUCCCCAAGACUUGCCCCAACCUCUCCCUGUCGGCCCAUACAGGAAUCUGACAAACCCCACAAGAGAAAGAAGAAGAGAAAAUGGCAUUCAGCUGGAGAGGUGGAGAAUCGAGGAAGUGGUCACAGCCGAUCACAGUCGCUCACACCACCAAGGUAUCACAGCUAUGAGUCAGACCACUAUUCAGAUAAAUUAGAGAUUGAUGUGUUGUCUUUGGAUGGUGAAGCGUUGGACUCUGACUACCCAUCUUUAGAGGAUACACCCCCUGCUGCCUUGCCUCCAGAACCACCUGUCCCAAGCCCUAAAACUAAGAUUACCCCCAAGACUGGACACCUGAAAAAGAAGUCUCAUGCAUUAAAGAAAAUUGGCCAAUCUGAAUCCUCCUCAUCCAAUAGAACUAAAAGUAAAUGCCUCUCCUCACUGACUGUGACAUCCGGCUGUGCUUCUGUCUCAUCUGGAAUCCCCUCAGUAAAGCGAGCCAGGAAGACGGGGAAAGACAAAGACCGGGACAAAAGCAGCAGAAAGGAUUUGGGUCGCUCUGGCAAAUCCAAGAAAGAAAGUGGCGGCAGUCGGAAAGGCAAGCUACAGUCCAAAGUAUCUGUGCUGGUGCGAGAGGGUGUGAGCAGUACCACAGGUACUUCAGUUGGCUCAGGAAAGCUGGGCAUGGACCUGUUAGGGUCAGGGGGUACAGGGCCAGGCAGUGGGGGCUCUGUGGUAGGUGGCUCGAUUGCAGUGGUCUUCUGCAGGGACAAUGAGAGCAGGUCUCCGUUCCUAAAACCUUGCUCAGAGCCGCUGUCUUUGGGCAGCCGCAAGGAUUUGGCUAGUGUGGGAAAGCGAAGCAGCCUGGCUGCACCACCACCCACCUUAACCAGUCCUGCAGGGAUGAAAUCCAAGAAAACAAAACCAAGCUCCAUCACAUCCACCUCAUCCUCUGCCUCCUCCCCCUCAUCAUCUCUGGCAACCAAGCGUCGCCGUCGCCUGGCCAAGAAGACAAGAGAAAAAGGUGGAACUUCUGGCUUGACAGUUGGAGAUGGCAGUCAAGCAAAAGUUGCAUCUGAGGGUUGGGGUGGAACCUCCUUAGAUGUUCAGUCAGCCAUUGCAGAUGGGAGCAAGACAGUCAGUCCACACACUGGCCAAGCUGUCCCUGCACCCUCUUGUUCCUCCUCCUCUUCUUCCUCCUCAUCUUCCUCCGCCAGUGUGCCCCCACCCUCCUCCUCACCACCCCACACACCUCCACCCUCUAUGGCUCCUUUGCGGGACACCAGAGAGUCUUCACCAGACUCUCAGACUGUAGACAGCAGCUGCAAGACUCCAGACCCUUCUUUCCUAGCUGAGGAAACUCAGACCAGCCCCACACUCCCGGCAUCCAGUCCAUCCAGUAUGUCCACCGCUCAGGCAGCUGGCCUCAACAUUACCAUGUCCUCGUCGACUGCCAAGCCCCCUCCUCCAGAUGAUACCAUCAAAUCGCUGGCCUCACCCCCUUGUUCAUCAUCUUCGACAGGCUGUGGUCUCACUUCCCUCUCUCUACCUCUGUCUUCGUCAGACCCCUCCUCUUCUUCCUCUGUGUCCUCCUCAUCUGCUAGUAAGCCUCCUCCUCCUCCACCCCCAGCAGCAUCCACCCUGCCCUGGAGUCUGCAAACUGGUGUGGACUGCACGACUGGAGGAGUUCUAGCUUUGACUGCUUUACUCUUCAAAAUGGAGGAAGCCAAUAUUGCCAGCAGAGCAAAAGCACAAGAGUUCAUUCAAGCAACCAGCCAGAUCCUCUCACAGGCUAACCAGAGUCAGUCCCAGCAACACGCUCCUCCCCCCUCAGCUUCCUCUGCCUCACAGAUCCCUCCCCCUCCUGCUCUCCCUCCGCCUCCUGGACUGAGCCCAGCACAGUUCAUCCUCCACGGUUCCCUCCCUUUGGUUGGUUGCACCAAAACUCCACCCUCUCUCCUGCACCAAUCAAUAGGUGGUGGAUGUGCGCAGACCCCACCCUCCAUCAUGCCUGUGGCGCUGUCAGGUGUCACUGGGAGCUCUGGUGACACUGGAUGGGACAAUGAGAGCAAAGACCCCGAUAAGUACCUGAAGAAACUGCAUACCCAGGAACGGGCGGUGGAGGAGGUGAAGCUUGCCAUCAAACCUUACUAUCAGCGCAAAGACAUCAACAAAGACGAAUACAAAGACAUCCUCAGGAAAGCUGUCCACAAGAUCUGCCACAGCCGCACUGGGGAAAUCAAUCCUGUCAAAGUCAGCAACCUUGUCAAGCUGUAUGUCCAGCGCUACAAAUACUUCCGGAAACAUGGACGCAAAAUGGAUGAGGAAGAAAGGGAUGACAGGGAUCCAGGGGCGUUGCAUUCCUCUGCUUGAUAGGACACUAUCUAAAUGGUCCCCUACUCUGCAUUCUGCAAAAGAUCUGGCCCAUCCACUGAUUGUUGUCUAUUUUUUAUUGGUUUAAUAGCCCACUUUGUCUAUGCUUGUAUGUGAUCUAAUGGAGGUCUCUCCUCUUAUUUCUGUGACCUCACUGUAAAUAUGUCACACUUAGAAAAUGUAUUAUGUAUUCAAUGUUCAGGACGUAAAUGCUAUCAUGCAUACCUGUGUGAUUUUAAUACAGUCCAGUACACCAACCCUGCAAUAAAUACUACCUUUGUGAAGCUUAAUAGUUUUGAAGUUUUCGUUGACUAUGUCUGUUAGAAACUUUGCAAUGGUGGUACUAACUGCAAAGCUAUAUUUCAAUAGCACUGGAUUAGGUGUUCAUGCUAAUCUGUCUAUACCAUCCCCAUGUAUAUCAUAAUCCAAGUUGAGGGGCGAUAUUAUAUUGUUGACACUACACUGCAUUCCCCUCUAUCUGUCUCUGUGUCUGUGCAGCCGGUGUGCAGGCUUGAGCUGUCAGUGAGAUGGAGGGCUGAACGAUGAUGGUUCAAAUACACUGACAUUUGACCUCUGA